AUGGUGGCUUCUGUCAAGCAGGCCAAGGACAAGGACUGGUGGCCGCAGCUCUUCUCCCAGUUCUGUAGCAAAACGGCCAGAGAAGAGGAGAUCGUCCACAAGCUGCUGGGAGACAAGUUUAAGGGACAGCUGGAUCACCUGCGUCGCCUCUUCAUGGAGGCCUUGUAUGAGGAGCGAGUCAGCCGGUGGUUUACUCCGGACGGCUUCCGCUCCCUUUUCGCUCUCGUUGGAACCAAUGGGCAGGGAAUCGGCACCAGCUCGCUGAGUCAGUGGGUUCAUGCGUGCGACGCCCUGGAACUGCCAACAGAGGAGAGAGAGCGGCUGGACGCCCUGAUAGACCAGCUGUACAAGGACAUAGAGAAAGAGACCGGGGAGUUCCUGAACUGUGAAGGCUCGGGGCUGUACAUGCUGCAGAGCUGCUGUAAUCACAGCUGUGUCCCCAACGCCGAGGCAUCAUUCCCUGACAACAACUAUCUGCUGCACCUGACUGCACUGGAGGACAUCCAGCCCGGGGAGGAGAUCUGCAUUAGUUAUCUGGACUGCUGCCAGAGAGAGCGGAGCCGACAUAGCCGACACAAGGCCCUCAGGGAGAACUAUCUGUUUGUCUGCUCCUGUCCCAAGUGCCUAUCGCAGUCUGAGGACCCGGACGUGACCUCCGAGGAAGAGGAUGAGGAAGACGCGGAGCUGGAGGAUGAGAUGACGGAUGUGUGACACAGACCGCCUCCCACCAAACCCCACAAUCCAGCACUUGAAUUGGCUUUGCCUGUUACCGCUAUUCACAUCUUUCCACUAAACUUUUAUACAUAAACUCUCCCCGACACAGACCCCCCCGAGUACGGGGGAGGGGCAGGUGCUGCAUGGGCUCCUCCCCCAACAAACAUCCACAUUCAUACUGGUCAAUUGUGAUAAGCAUUUUAUAGGAUUGGCAGACAAAAUACUAAAUUAUUUCUAUACAGUUCUCCGGCAA